UGUCCUCAGGUGGUGAACAACAACUUGAAUCCAACAUGGAAACCCUUUCGGAUCACCCUGCAGUCUCUCUGUGGAGGAGACAUGGACAAACCUAUAAAAGUUGAGUGUUAUGACUAUGACAACGAUGGCUCGCAUGAUCUUAUUGGAACCUUUGAGACCACGAUGACGCGCUUCCAACAAGCAUCGCGAUCCUCUCCAGCAGAGUUUGAAUGCAUGAACAGUAAAAAGAAACAGAAGAAGAAAGGCUACAAGAACUCUGGUGUUGUGAGCGUGAAGUCAUGCCAGGUGGUGAAGGAGUAUACCUUCCUGGAUUACAUUAUGGGAGGCUGUCAAAUCAAUUUCACCGUGGCUAUUGACUUCACAGGCUCCAACGGGGAUCCCAAGUCUCCUCAGUCCCUGCACUACAUCAGUCCUCAGGGUGUUAACGAGUACCUCUCUGCCAUCUGGUCUGUGGGCAAUGUCAUCCAGGACUAUGACAGCGACAAGAUGUUUCCUGCAUUUGGCUUUGGAGCCCAAAUCCCUCCCACAUGGCAGGUUUCCCAUGAGUUCCCUCUCAAUUUCAACCCGUCAAAUCCAUUUUGUACAGGCGUAGAAGGUGUGGUGGAGGCCUACAGGGUGUGUCUGCCCCAGGUCAAACUCUACGGUCCCACCAACUUCUCCCCCAUCAUCAACCACGUAGCCUGCUUUGCUAAGCAAGCCCUGCAGCAGACCACUGCAUCACAAUACUACGUUCUGCUGAUCAUCACUGACGGAGUGAUCACAGACAUGGAUGAAACUCGCAGUGCCAUCGUCAACGCCUCUCGUCUGCCCAUGUCCAUCAUCAUCAUCGGAGUAGGGGGGGCGGACUUCACCGCCAUGGAGUUCCUCGAUGGAGACGAUGGACGUCUGCGCUCUCAGACCGGCGAGACCGCCAUGCGAGACAUCGUCCAGUUUGUGCCAUACAGGCAGUUCGCAAAGGGUCCUCGGGAAGCACUGGCCAAGAGUGUGUUGGCAGAGGUACCGGGUCAGCUGGUGGAGUUUUUCAAUAUCAUGAAGCUGACUCCACCCAAAGCCAGUCCUGCACCGACCCCUGCACCGACCCCUGCUCCGACCCCUGCUCCGACCAACUGAUGCUUCACGGAAACUAACAAACAUCUCCUGCAGAUUACAAGCAGAUCCCAGCUUCAGCUUAAACGGCAAUUAGACACAUUUCCUUCCUACACUUUCCUAACUAAACCUUUUUCUUUCCACACACAACACUUUUAACAACAAGCACUCCACACUUUUGACCAACCUGUGUUUUUUUAAGUGUCAAAAUAGACGUAGCUUUAGUUAGAUAUUAGCAUCCAUGUGGUCAUUUGAGCUGUUACUCAGUGCAAGUGCAACUUAAAACCCGAUCAUUCCUUAACUUUUAAAUAAUAAGUUAUUGGGCAGGGAAUUACUUAUGAAAAUAGUUAGUAGUAGUAAACUAGUCAUUUGAACUGCACAAAGAUUUAACCAUUCAUUGUUUUUACAAGAUACAUAUGCAAAAUACAUUCACAUUGCAGAAACAUUAUAUUUUUUUAAUUCAUCAUGAGAGUGCGCAGUUUACUUUUAUGCUCGUUUGAUGGCUUCAGCACGAGACUAAAAAUAAUGCUGUUAAAGGCAUUAAGAUGACCUUUUAAUUAUGGCAUCAACAAAUGCAUGGGAAACUGGUGUGAUAGUUAAAAUAUAUCACAAAUAAUUUGUAUAUCAUUAGCAAAAUGCCUGCUGCACGACUAGCAUAAUCGUGUACAUGCAUUAUUGCCAAGUAGAUAUGUAGACGCUGCUGUUUUGGCACAUAGAGAACAUAUUGCCUUAAUGUUCUCUGAUGCACAUGCUUCCCUAUGCACUGUGAGGUUUUACCUAAUGAAUGCCAAACUCUCUGUAGUUAUAGACCUGUGUAAACCAGAGCUAUGUAUACCUUAAAGUAUGAAACUGAAAUAUUGUGAUCGCUACAAAUUAGUAGUUUGUUAUGAGGUAUUGUGCCAGUCAUCACUCAGUUAGUGUAGUUUACCAUUAUGCCAGUUUGUACUUUGGCUUCCACAUUUAGAUUAACACACCAUUGGGCCGUUCCCUUCACAAUGACUAACAAGUAAGGAUUUACUUUUCCAACGAUAUGGCCAUCGACCUUUGAUUUACUAUGUUUUAUCUUAUUUCAGUAUUAAUCAUUUCCUCCUGGAAACUAGAUUUAGUACUGCUUAAUGUAAUCUUUGCAUGUCGAGUACAAAACUGUUUGUUACAAUUUAAUUGUUGUACAAUGAAAGCUAUAAAUAAGCAUCUGAUGUAUCGGCUUUAGUGCUCUAUUAGAAAUAGGUGAUGUGCCUUAAGUGUUUCCAUACAGAAAGUGCACCCCCCCAAUAAAGCAGCUCUUAUACAAUA